AUGACAUGGGGGUAUGACAGCUCCCUUCGUAUUUGGAGGGUACAGAAGACUGGCCAGCAGAUCCUUGAAAGGGGCUGUAGGAGAGAGGGAGAACAUGGUUUCUUAGCUGCUGUGUUGGAAACGCCCACCAGACUGGACCUCACUGGAGACCAAACUAAGCCCAUCUUGGGAUCUGGCCAGUGCCGUAUCUUCCCCCUCCUAUAAGGACCAGCUUAGUCAGUUCCUCCAUCUCUCACCUCUCAGCACCUUCCUGUGUGGUUCUGGACCACCUGUUGAAGUCCCAGCAUGCCUUUCCCAAGCUCACGGAAGUCAUGGAGAAAAGGAGGCCCAAACACACCAAGAAAACGCUGAGGCAAAGGCAUGGCUGGGAUCCCAGCACAGAAUCCCCAUCCUCCUGCAGUUACAGUCUUGGCUGAGCUGAGCCCUUUCCUCACAGUGUUUGGCUUGGAUGAUGGACUAGUACAGGAGCGAACCCUCUAA